AUGAACUCAGAAAGCUAUACCUUUCAGAAUUUAAUGGUGGCCACUGAUGGUUCAGAGUAGUCGAAGAAGGCUUUUAAUUAAGCACUAGAAGUAUUCUCAUCUGGAAAUCUUUUCAAAGUUAUUCAUGUAAUUCAUGUUUCAAAUAAGGAAAAGACAUAUUUACCUAAGCAUUUUACUCUUGAAAACAUAGAAUAAGAAUAUAAAACAGAACUACUUUCUAGAUUAACCUCGAAUAGAUACAAUUUGAUUUUCUAGGAAAAGAAUAAUAAGUAUUAGCAUUCAAGAGAACAAAUUCUAGACAUAUGCUCUUAAGCAAAAGGUGAUUUCUUAUUCAUAGGUUAUACAGGAAGAAAAGGUCCUAAAAACGACCCAACUGUUCUUUCUUAAACUGUUAGAGGAGUAGCAUUCAACUAGAUGAUACCUUUAGUUAUUAUAAAAGAAUUAUUUGUUAGAAAAAAUUAAGCUAGUGGAGGAUUUACAUUUUUAGUAGGUAUUGAUGGAUCUAAGAAGUCCUUAAAAUGUCUUCAUAUAGCUGCUUCUCUUGCCAAUAACCCUAACGACAAACUUAUAGCUUGCUUUGCUCCUUCCCCAGAUAGGAUUAAAUAAAUAGAUGAGAUUAACUAAAAAGUAUAAAACGAAAUGGCUCAAAUAAACUUUUAAAACUGGUAGUAUGUUUCUUUAUAGCCUAAUUACGAUUCAGGUGAAGCUAUUAUUAACUAUGUAAAUUUAAAUGAAGAAGUUGAUGUCUAGUUUGUUAUUGUAAAAUAUAAUUUGUAUUUAUGUAUUAAAGUAAUUGAAUUAUUUUUAACAGAUAGGUAAUAACGGUUUUAGAGCAGAAAGCGAAAAGAAAGCAUUCUUUGGUAGAAGUGCUGA